AUGAAGUCCUACGUCGCUCUCAGCCUUGCGGCCGCCGCAUUGGCUUCUCCUAUGCCCCAGGCAAGCGCAUCGGACAGCUGCCCUUCAACUGUCAGCGGUACCUUCCAGAUCAACACUGUCCUCCCCCCUACAAAGCGUGAUCUUGAGGCACGUCAGCUUUCCGGCGCACUCACAAUGACCCUCAAUGGCGGCAUCCUGAAGGAUCAGGCUGGUCGCCAGGGAUACAUCGCUGCCAACCACCAAUUCCAGUUUGAUGCGCCUGUACAGACUGGUGCCAUUAUGACCUCAGGAUUCUCACUUUGCAGCAACGACUCUCUCGCUAUCGGUGGAUCAACCAUCUUCUACCAAUGCUCGUCUGGUGACUUCUACAACCUGUACACCCAAUCAACUGGCGCGCAAUGCAGUCCCAUCCGCAUCCAAGCUGUUGAGAAGAGUGCAGGCGGUGCCGUUUCCCAGAUCAGCGAUGGUCAACCACAGGCCUCUACGGCUGCAUCUAUCGUCUCCCAGAUCAGUGAUGGUCAGCCCCAGGCACCUUCCGCUACGUCCACGCCUGCCGUUGUCACUCAAAUUAGCGAUGGUCAACCUCAAGCGCCUUCUGCGACUUCCAAGCCUCCUGUCGUCACUCAGAUCAGUGACGGUCAGCCCCAGGCGCCAGCUGCUUCUUCCAAGCCUGCUGUCGUUACCCAAAUUAGUGACGGUCAACCCCAGGCACCAGCCGCCACUUCCAAGCCCGCUGUUGUCACUCAGAUCAGCGACGGUCAGCCUCAGGCACCUGCUGCCACUUCCAGAGCGUCCCUGACCGUGUCCCGCAACGCUACCUCGGCCACUGCCACCAGCAGCCUCUUGCAGUACACUGGUGCCGCCGUGUCAGGUAGUGCUCCUAUCGGAGCUCUCGCUGCUGGUCUUUUCGGUCUUUUCGCCAUGUUGUAA